AAGGAAAGUUUAACUUUGUUAAGUUUUCGAACUAUCAAACCAAUCAAAUAGUUAAGGUUCUCUAUCCAUGAAGUUAAUCCACGCUUGGCUCUAAAAUUAGAGCUCCCAUAUUUGUAGACAAACAGUGGGAAAAGUUUUCCAUGAUUAGGGACAAUAUGAAAUAUUUCUUUAGCAUUUGUGUAAACACUUUACUUGUCAAAACGUAAAGUAUAAAACAGCGAAAUUCUGUUACCAACCUAUCACUGUCUAUUGAGAGUUACAAAAAUGAAGUUCCUCGCUAUUCUUGUUCUUCUGUGCGGCAUUGUAGGAUUUGCGUCCUCCUCUUCGUCCACGAACUCCAUUUCGGAUUACGACACAGCUUCCACAACUAGCACCACUACCGCUGCUCCUGUGGGUCAACCUCCUUGUGUCAGCUAUCCCGAAGGACCCUGCGGACAAAUCCCACCCCCCUUGCCACCCUGUGUUGGCGGACUUAAUGGACCUUGCGCCCAAAAACUCUACUUCUUUUACAAAUAAAUUAGCCUUUUUCCGAAGUAA